AAACUGCAUGUCGACCACGAAAACGACGACGCAGGACGAAAUAUAACCGAAUUAAAAAAAACAUUCAAAAUGUUAAGAGAGUUAGUGAGGGAGCGACUAAUGGCGGCGGCGGAUGAAAUAUUCUGGCUGUUUGAAAGAACGAUAGCGUCGUACGAGGAGGAACUUUCUCGAUCAAGAGAGGAGAAGGAGCGACAACGACAACAACUCGAAGCUGCUUACUUCCAGCAGCUAAUUGGUCGUCAAGAUGGAGUUACCCCUCUACCGCAGGCAAGGAGCUCGCCUUUGACGCAGGAGGAUACACAACUCCCCCACAUUAAAGAAGAAGAGGAGGAACUCUGUCUUCGAGGGCCAAAGUUGCUACUGACUGGUGUCUCCAUGGAGACUGAAAACCAUAAAGACGAGCUACCUCAGUCCUCACAGCUUCUUCACAGUCUAAGUAAGGAGCCUUCAUGCAGCAGUUCACCACAACACAUAAACACAGAAGCUGAUGGAGGCUACUGUGGAGGAUCACCAGCUGACAACCUCCUAGCUCCACUUUCAGAUACUGAGGUUAAAGAUGAGGAAGACAUUCAAGAACCUUUAAAUACAGACUGGGAAGGUGAUAUGAGGACUCAUACCAAUGACAAACACUCUGAAUGCUCUGAAAAAAAUACAGCAGCCAAGAAGAAAAACUUUUGCCAAGAAGCUCAUGACGCAGUUAUGGAGUCUUUGGAGGAUGACGAGAUCUUGCAUGAAGACUUUUCUUCUGAGAGCCAGGACAGCUCAGACGACUUUGGUCCUGAAAUUAAGGAUCCCUACAGCUCUGAGGAGGAGGAGGAAAAGGAGGAGAAAAAUGGCGACAUUAUUGACAGUCAAGAUGUUUGGAGGUCACGGAAUAGAGAAAUUUUGUGGUCGCCAUCUCAUGAGGUCGCGUUGCCUUUUUUGCCUCCUCCAAUUUGGAACUCUGGACCCACUAACUAUGCAGUGUCGGGAAUCCGGAGCCCUGAAACGGCAUUUGGACUUUUUUUCCCAGAGGACAUCAUGCAACAUCUCCUGCAGAUGACCAAUUUGCAGGGCCAAAGGUCCGUCACGGCUUGGCAAGACAUAAACAUGGUGGAGCUGCGGGCCUACCUGGGCCUCCUCAUUCUGUCCGGGAUUUUCAAGUCCCGGCAUGAAUCUACAAAAAGCAUGUGGGACGGCGAGACCGGACGAUCGGUUUUUGCUGCGACCAUGAGCAAAAAGCGUUUUGUCAGCAUCAACAGGGCGGUGAGUUUUGAUGACGAACUCUCCCGGCCAACCCGCCACAUAAGGGACAAUCUGGCCCCCAUCAGAGACGUCUGGACCAAAUGGAGCACCCUCCUUCCCCGCAUGUUCAACCCAUCCAGAGACGUCUGUGUUGAUGAGCAAUUUAUCCCAUUUAGGGGCCAUUGCUCUUUCAAAUUGCUCAUACCGCCAAAACCUGCCAAAUAUGGCCUGAAGAUCUGGACCCUGUGCGACGUUGAGACGUCCUACGCGUGGAACAUGCAAGUCCACACUGGAACUCCUGCUUCUGCAGCAGCCGGGGAGGUCAACCAGGGAAUGAGGGUCGUUCUGGAACUUUCCGAUGGCCUCGAGGGCCACACGAUAACAACAAAUAACUUUUUUACUUCCUUCCCCCUUGCUGCGGAGCUCCAAAAAAAGAAGAUGGCCCUAGUGGGGACAAUAAGAACUAAUAAGCAGGAGCUUCCCCCACAGCUGAUCAAAUUUGGAGGCAGAGAAGUUCUGUCUUCAAAGUUUGCCUUCACAGAAAAGAGGACUUUGGUCUCAUAUGUGGCAAAGAAGGGAAAAAAUGUCCUCCUUAUGAGCACAAAGCACCGGGAGCCAAAAGUCCAGGACACAGGAAAAAAGGAACCCGAGAUGAUCCUUGACUAUAAUUUGUGCAAGGGAGCUGUAAACCGCCUAAACCAGGCUUGUGCACCCUUCACUUGUAGAAGGAGGACACAUAGGUGGCCAAUAACACUUUUCUACCAUAUGGUAGAUGUGUCGUGCUACAAUGCGUAUGUCCUCUUCGCGGCAGUGCACCCAGAAUGGAACCGCGGGAAGUCGUUUAAAAGACGUCUUUUCCUGGAGGAAAUCGGGAAAUCACUAACCACCCCAGCAAUUCUACAAAGGAGUCGUCUCCCCAAAGCACUGGCUGCAGCAACCCUGGUUGAGCAAACACAGAUGCAGCAGCAGGAGGAGGAGCAGCAGCCACGGCGAGGGUCCUUAGGUAAACGAAAACAGUGUUCCAUGUGCACACGGAGGAAGAGAGUGGUUCUCCAGUGCACAAUUUGUGGGAAAGCAACAUGCAAAAACCACCUCAAAAUACUAUGUGACUCAUGCCAAUGAUAUUAAUGUAUAUUGCUGGUCUUGUCGUCCUCGUCCGAACCUGAGGGCGACUUGGUGGUGUGAAUGGAUCAAACAGAAUUCGUUGAACAAAGCUUUAUUUGGUCAAGCAAGCCUCGGACUGGAACUGCAGCUUCCAGGAGAAGAGUAUGGGCCUGAUGUUACUUUCUCUGCCUGUUUACCAGGACAAUGUAUCCUUAAAUACCUUUUUACAUGAAGACACUUCCUCUGUGUUGUGCUAGUCUUGGGACUGGCAAGUCUGGACUAGGGUUGUACGUAAUACCGGUACUAAUAAAGUACCGCGACACUAAUUAAUUGGAAAUCGGCACUAUACUGCCUUUGAAAAGUACCGGUACCGUUAUUUCAUCUGAGUGCCCACUGUGCGGCGGUGACUACAGAGCCGAGGCGCAUGAUGUUGAUUGUGUCAAAACGCACACACAAAGUGCAUACAAGCAAUAACAUCUUGGAGAGGAAGAAUGGCAAAAAAUGACAAUUCCACUGGUUAAUAAAGAGGGUGCGUGGAGCAAAAUAUGGAGGUAUUUGGACUUCAAAUCUAACGGUAAAGGUGACGCUUAAACAAGGAAGCACCGCGCUUCAAGUGCUGCUUUAAAGGCCUACUGAAAUGCAAUUUUCUUAUUUAAACGGGGAUAGCAGGUCCAUUCUAUGUGUCAUACUUGAUCAUUUUGCGAUAUUGCCAUAUUUUAGCUGAAAAGAUUUAGUAGAGAACAUCGACGAUAAAGUUUGCAACUUUUGGUCGCUAAUAAAAAAGCCUUGCCUGUACCGGAAGUAGCAGACGAUAUGCGCGUGACGUCACCGGUUGUGGAGCUCCUCACACCUGCACAUUGUUUACAAUCAUGACCACCAGCAGCGAGAGCGAUUCGGACCGAGAAAGCGACGAUUUCCCCAUUAAUUUGAGCGAGGAUGAAAGAUUUGUGGAUAAGGAAAGUGAGAGUGAAGGACUAGAGGGCAGUGGAAGCGAUUCAGAUAGGGAAGAUGCUGUGAGAGGUGGGUGUGACCUGAUAUUCAGCUGGGAAUGACUAAAACAGUAAAUAAACACAAGACAUAUAUAUAUACUCUAUUAGCCACAACACAACCAGGCUUAUAUUUAAUAUGCCACAAAUUAAUCCCGCAUAACAAACACCUCCCCCCUCCCGUCCAUAUAACCCGCCAAUACAAAUCAAACACCCGCACAACACACUCUAUCCCACAGCCCAAAGUACCGUUCACCUCCCCAAAGUUCAUACAGCACAUAUAUUUCCCCAAAGUUACGUACGUGACAUGCACAUAGCGGCACGCACGUACGGGCAAGCGAUCAAAUGUUUGGAAGCCGCAGCUGCGUACUGCGUUACACAUACAAAUUAAACAAAAUGCUUAUGGCAACAUUCUGGUUGCGUACUCACGGUACCGCGUCUGCGUAUCCAACUCAAAGUCCUCCUGGUAAGAGUCACUGUUGUCCCAGUUCUCCACAGGCCAAUGGUAAAGUUUGACUGUCAUCUUUCGGGAAUGUAAACAAUGAAACAUCGGCUACGUGUUUGUGUUGCUGCAGCCGCCCGAAAUACACCGCUUCCCACCUACAACUUUCUUCUUGAACAAAUUGCAAAAGAUUCACCAACACAGAUGUCCAUAAUACUGUGGAAUUUUGCGAUGAAAACAGACGACUUAAUAGCUGGCCACAAUGCUGUCCCAAAAUGUCCUCUACAAUCCGUAACGUCACGCGCAGGCGUCAUCAUAUCGAGACGUUUUCAGCAGGAUAUUUCGCACAAAAUUUAAAAUUGCACUUUAGUAAUCUAACCUGGCCGUAUUGGCAUGUGUUGCAAUGUUAAGAUUUCAUCAUUGAUAUAUAAACUAUCAGACUGCGUGGUCGGUAGUAGUGGGUUUCAGUAGGCCUUUAAAACACGCUUCGCCAAACGUGGCGAUUAGUUUUACCACCUUUGCUUCAAACCUAGGUAAACAUUGAAAUAAUAGGCAUUCAGAUCUGCGCAAGGAGUUAUAAAGAGUGACAGGUAAUAAUGUUGAUACUCCUGUCCUGCGGUUUGGCUUAGGUGCAGACCGUAGUAGAGGAGCACAGGGAUGUAACCCUUCCCUUUACAAUGGGUAUGCUAAGCUCUGUUUUCCGGUUAGAAUUUGAGGCCGCCGAUUUGUGACAUUCUGGUUGCUUUAUUAUUGGUUUUGCAGAACACAACCGGACCCGUUCAUUUUUUUUACUGCUCCGUGAAUGCGCUACCUCUCCCUCUCUUUACUCGUCCACUCACUCACUGACGUCACUCUGACAACAUGUUGCCAUUUUUUAAACACACAUACACUACAUUUAUAAGUUCACAGCUCCUCUGUUGUGCACAUGUAGAUACUAGACGUGCACACAGCUGCUUGGAUUGAUGCCAAAGAGUUAAUAUGAUUAAUGACUGACUUUGGUAACAAAUUGCUACCAUAAAACAACCAUAAAUUACAAAUAAUUUAAUAUUAUGUUAAUAAAGCUUCUUUAUUAUCUUCUAAUCUAAUUGUUGAUUAUGGAACAUUUUGAAUUGUUCUUUGAGUGCAAAAAAGAAAAACACAAUGUGUUUAAUGCCGUUUAAUUUGUAUUUUAACCUUCUAAAAUUGUUCUUUGAGUGCAAUAGGAAACACAUCUUUAUUGUUUUGUAAGAUUUUCUGUUAAAAUAAAGCCAAAAUGGACAUUUUUUUUGUAGUUGCUUUUAUUUGGAAAAGUAUCGCUAUACAUUUUGGUACCGUUAUCCAUACCAAAUUAUUGGUAUCGGGACAACCCUAGUCUGGACAAAGCCCAGUUGUUUGUAUAAAUGCCAAAAACAUAUGCAUUGUGACCUCUGACCCCUGAUCACUAAUCCUAUAGAUGGUGGCUCCUAUCAGAUGUUGCUUGUGUGCUUUUACCCCCAGGAUAAAAUACAAACCCCUCAUUCUUCUAAGAUUCAAGUCAUGUCGGGAUGAUGUGUGUUUGAUAUCUGGAACAGAAGCUAGGGAGUCUUUCAUCAAUGGAAUAACCUCCUCCAGAUGCCUGGGACCUUGUUUACAUUAAAUCAAGCCAAAACUAAUAGAACAUUUACAUGCUAGAAUAUACAGACACUUCAAUCUUAAUCAGAAUCAUCUUUAUUGGCCAAGUAUGUUUAACACACAAAGAAUUUCACUUUGAAGACUGUGCUCUCUUUGUUCAAUGUAAGAAAUAAAGAAAAAUGCAUGAACUACGAGAGAGAGCGCAGUACCAUGGCGGGCAUCUGUGGCACCAUCUUGGUAUGAAAAGAAGAAGGAAACAAUAAAGAACCCAAAGGACAUAAGAGACACUAAAGAGCACAGAACUGAUGCUACCUCAGCGGUGUCAUUUCUACAUACACCCACAAAGUCAAACGCAAUGAAAAACCAUAAAUGACAAAAACCAAAACAUUUGCAAAAAAAGUAUAAAUUGUACAUAUUGCGCACAUGCGAUUGCACCAUGCAUAGACAUCUUGUUCUGUUCUGUUUGUGGUCUGUUUCUUUGUUGAGCUGUUUGCAAUUUGAAACAUUGUGUUCAAUUUGAAGUGUUAAGUGUUAAUAAAUUGUUAUGUCAAAAUCUGUAUUUUUAUUAAUUUUUUACCUAUGAAAGGUUGUUACCCUUAUCUGGAAUAUUCCACUUUGCAACUCCUUUUUAGAAAUAUUGCACAUUUUGCAUUUUUCAAUUUGAAAAAUUAUUAUAUUUUUUUUUUUAAUGCAAAAAAGUCAUCAAGAUAAAAACACAAUUUAUAACUUCAUAUCGACGGACAGAUCUGAAGUUGUUGAACGAUUAUAAGCCUUAAAAGGAAACAAUAUUAAUAUCGUUCAUAAACAAUGAAUGCAACAGAUGUGUUGUACAUAGAGGUUAUAACUAAUGCUAAUAUCCAACUCUUUUCUAUCGCUGGACUUUAAAAAAAAUAACAUAUACACGAGACACAUCAAGGAUCGGCCCAAACAUACUUUAAGCUGUCUGAAACUUUUACAUUCACUAGGAAAUAUUCAGAAAUAUAGAUUGAUGUCAAGUAAACCAAAUAUUUUUUGUUUUAUUGUGAAAUUUUAAAAAAUGUGUGUGUGUAUGUAUACAGUCGUGGUCAAAAGUUUACAUGCACUUGUAAAGAACAUAAUGUCAUGGCUGUCUUGAGUUUCCAAUCAUUUCUACAACUCUUAUUUUUUUGUGAUAGUGAUUGGAGCACAUACUUAUUUGUCACAAAAAACAUUCAUGAAGUUUGGCUCUUUUAUGAAUUUAUUACGGGUCUACUGAAAAUGUGACUAAAUCUGCUGGGUCAAAAGUAUACAUACAGCAAUGUUAAUAUUUGGUUACAUGUCCCUUGGCAAGUUUCACUGCAAUAAGGCGCUUUUGGUAGCCAUCCACAAGCUUCUGGAAAGCUUCUGGUUUAAUUUUUAACCACUCGUCUUGACAAAAUUGGUGCAGUUCAGCUAAAUUUUUUUGGUUUUCUGACAUGGACUUGUUUCUUCAGCAUUGUCCACACGUUUAAGUCAGGACUUUGGGAAGGCCAUUCUAAAACCUUCAUUCUAGCCUGAUUUAGCCAUUCCUUUACCACUUUUGACGUGUGUUUGGGGGUCAUUGUCCUGUUGGAACACCAACUGCGGCCAAGACCCAACCUCCGGGCUGAUGAUUUUAGUUUGUCCUGAAGCAUUUGUAGGUAAUCUUCUUUUUUCAUUGUCCCAUUUACUCUCUGUAAAGCACCAGUUCAAUUGGCAGCAAACCAGGCCCAGAGCAAAAUACUACCACCACCACGCUUGACAGUAGGUUUGGUGUUCCUGGGAUUAUGGGAUUAAAGGCCUCACCUUUUCUCCUCCAAACAUAUUGCUGGGUAUUGUGGCCAAACAGCUCAAUUGUUGUUUCAUAUA